GAGGUUGUUAUCCGGUAGAGGGCGGAGUGAAAGUGUGAGAGAAAGUGAGGAGAGGGUAAGCAGGAGCUGCAGAGGGCUGGAGCUGCGGAAAGGAGCGGAGCGGACAUGGGUGGCAGCGGAUGCCGGGCACCUGCAGCCUGAGUGCGGGCGGCAGGAGGAGCACGAGGGCCUCCAGUUGACUGAACAGGAAGGUUUACAUUAGCAGAGCCGCGGUUAAAGAGAAUAGCCUGCUGUCCGUUUAGCGCCUACACACACACACACACACACACACACAGUCACUCACUCACACAUCUUAAGAACAGCGGGAGAUGCAUUACGUCAUAGCCUCUCAUUGCCCUAGAUGACCGCGCGCGCAGGACGGGGAGGAUGCGGGGCUGCCGGACUAGAACGGUAACAGAUUCCGCUGCUGCUGCUGACCGCGAGCCCCCGGCGGGUGUGUGUCGGCCGGUAGAGAAAGAAGAGGAGCCGCCGUCGCGCGGCCGCCGGCUCUGAUGGCUCCUCGCGCCCAGGGCGGGAAAGAGUCACAGCAGUCGCCGCGGAGCGAGAGGGUAGGGGACAGCAGGUAUCUGGGAAGUGACGUGGUGUCCGCGCCCCACAAGAAAGCAAAACGGUGCGUUUGUCGUGCGUCUCGCAGGAGGGCAGGAGCGGGAAGGCGAACAUGGCCGCACAGUCCGACGGCGGCAAAGCCGGGGUCGGGUGCGGCGGCGGCGGGGGUUUCGCCCAGCUCUAUGAUGUUGACGCCGAGGAGCCUCUGGACUCCGCGGCGAUCCACAUCUGUCAGUGCUGCCGCUCUUCCGCUUGCUACUGGGGCUGCCGCUCAGCUUGCCUCGGCUCUCUGCUCGGCGGGGGUCCGCCUGCCGGAGGGGUCGGCAUCCGGGAGACUCACUGCCCGCCCCGGGAGCAGCUGUGGCUGGACUGCCUCUGGAUCAUCCUUGCCCUCCUUGUCUUCUUCUGGGACGUCGGCACGGACCUGUGCCUGGCGGUGGACUACUACCAGAGGCAGGACUACCUCUGGUUCGGCCUCACUCUUUUCUUCGUACUGGUGCCCUCGGUACUGGUCCAGAUUCUGAGUUUCCGAUGGUUCGUGCAGGACUACACCGGCGGGGGCCUCGGGGAGGUCGAGGGGCUGACCAAGCGGGGCACGGUGGUUCUGGGGUGCCUGUAUCCUGGCAGGGACCGCCUGCAGCUGGCCACUAUCUGGCUGUGGCAGGCCACCAUACACAUCCUCCAGCUGGGACAAGUGUGGAGGUACAUCAGGACGCUGUACCUAGGCGUCAUGUCGCGUCGGCAGAAGGAGCACCAGCGGCGCUGGUACUGGGCCAUGAUGUUCGAGUACGCCGACGUCAACAUGUUGCGUUUGCUGGAAACGUUUCUGGAGUCGGCGCCUCAGUUGGUCCUGCAGCUCUGCAUCAUGAUCCAGGAGAACCGAGCCGAGACGCUACAGUGCAUCUCCUCCCUAGCCUCCCUCCUGUCUCUCGCCUGGGUUCUGGCCUCCUACCACAAACUGCUCCGAGACUCUCGUGACGACCAGCGCAGCAUGAGUUACCGCGGGGCGCUGCUGCACCUCUUCUGGCGCCUCUUCACCAUCUCCUCCCGCGUCCUCUCGCUCGCUCUCUUUGCCUCCCUCUUCCACAUCUACUUCGGCAUCUUCGUGGUGAUCCACUGGUGCGCCAUGGCCUUCUGGGUAGUGCACGGAGGCACUGACUUCUGCAUGUCCAAGUGGGAGGAGGUGCUCUUCAACAUGGUGGUCGGCAUUGUCUACAUCUUCUGCUGGUUCAACGUGAAAGAGGGUCGGACGCGAUACAGGAUGGUGGCGUACUACACCGUGGUGCUGGCUGAGAACAGCAUCCUGACCGGCCUGUGGUAUGCCUACAGAGAUCCAGUGCUGACCGACUCCUAUGCUGUCCCGGCACUGUGCAGCGUCUACCUGACAUUCGCAGGGGGCGUCCUGGUCAUGCUGCUGUACUACGGUUUCCUCCAUCCUGCCACUGCCCACCUCCAGCCAAGUCCCGCCUCAUCCUGCUGUGCCCAGCUGCUCUGGGGUCUCCCUCUCCCCCCAUCAGCCCCACCCACAGCCCCUCCCACACCAGCCCACAUGGCCAAGUCACAGACGGAAGAGGAUGUGGCCGAGACGUGUCUUCCCGUCUUCCAGGUGAGGUCUGCGCCCCCCACCUCCAAGCCCGAGGGCCCGCUUAUAAAGAUCGACAUGCCCAGGAAGCGUUACCCAGCAUGGGAUGCCCACUAUGUAGACAGGCGCCUGCGGAGAACUAUAAACAUCCUGCAGUACAUAACGCCAGCCGCUGUGGGCAUCCGCUAUCGUGAUGGACCCCUCCUGUAUGAACUGUUGCAGUAUGAGUCCUCACUCUGACAAACACACAAAUCAGCACACACACACACAUAUACAGACAAGUACACAUAAGCACAUAUGCACCAUAAAAAAUCAUGUAUGUAUAUGUGGAUGUUCAGAUUUAGAGAAGAUUUAGAAACACAUUCAUGCACAGAAAGUCACACUGAAUAUAAGCACAUACACACACAGAAGCAAUCUGUCACACUUACAUGUGUGCGCACACACGCGAUCACACUUACAUUCCUUGCGGGCACCUGCGACCUGUGAGCCCAUGGCCAUGACUCAACAAGCUGCUUCGGCGCGAGCCCGUCUCCUCCUCUCUUAAACCUUUUGUCACUCUAUUUAACUCCUCUAAUCGUCCCUCACUUGGUCUCAUUUCUUUAAUUUUACAUGUGCGCGCUCCGCUGCAAAGAAGAAAAAAAAAAGUAAAAAUAUGAAAAAUAAGCGUAGUUUUACGAUGGAGUCCUUGACCACCGCAAGCCAUUUAUGUUGCACGCGUUCACGGGUUUAAGUAGAAUAAAAAGAUGUGACACAAUGACCGUCACUUUUAAUAAAAGGAGUUGUAACAUGUCGUUAUUAGUCUGGUCAAAAGAUAGUGUAUAUAUUUUCUAUGUACAGAGAGGAUGUUUUUUAAUCUGUUGUUAUGUUGUUGUUGGACAAAGCUGUUGGACACAUCAGUUUCUCGACAUCACUGACAAGGUUAACGGGGAGAGUGAUCGAGCAUGAUGGAAAAGAUGGAGACAAAGUGGUAGUAAUGGCAUCCAGUACACUCAAACAACAAUUUUUACAUUUGCGGCCUCAAUUUUUAAAAAUCUAAAAGUUUAGCUACAGUUUCUUAAAAGGACAGUUUUUGUUUAGUAGAUUUACUUGUCUUGUCAAAGGCAGAGUAAAUCACUACAUCCCUGACAUUAGCACUAGAGCUCAGGCCAAGAGUCGAUUAGCUUAGCUUAGCUUAAAAAAACUAAAAACAGGUGGAAACAGCUAGCCUGGAUGUUUUCUCCUAAAGUAUGUAGUAGCUAGCAUCUUGUCUUAUUUAAAUUAUACAAAAAGAUAAAUGUGAAAAAUAGUUUUUUGUGGGUUCAGAAAGUAGCCAAACCAUCUACCACUAAGAAUAAUUGCACAUUUACUUGCUCCUAAGAUAGUAAAAGAGUAACUCUUCACAUCUUGGAGUUCAUGUGCUUGUAAGUCAAAAUAUGGAAACAAACUCAUGCUAUAAAAAUUAUCAUUCUUAUUGAUCAGGGCUUGUAAAAGAAAUGUGAUAGUUGAUACCUGACCUAUCAGGGUAAUCAGGGGAGUAAGUUUUCCAGCUAAUCUGGGUUACUUUGUGUAGCGUAAUGGUAGAUGCUAUGUUAUAAAUUGAAGCUUAUCUAAAUAAAUAAAAGCAUGUAUAUGAAUUUGUAGCAAACUUUAUUUCUAUCAACAAAAUAGUUACUUUUCUCUGCUUGUUUCUGCCUACACGAUGUCAACAACUCAGCAAGUCCUGCCACAAAAUCUGACUCGAGAUCUUGAAAGCUACAGGUUUCUACCUGUUUUUGUUUGUUAUGCUAACCUAGGCACUUAGCAGCUCUUUGGGCUUGCAGAAACUCAUAUUUAAUGGAGAGAUAAAGAACUAGUACAGCUUUUCUCAUGUAACUCAAAGGCCAAUUGAGCAUAGAACAAAGAAAGCCCAACUAUUUCCUUAAGAUAGACUUGAAAAAAUUAUGUUGAGGGCAGUUAGCAACAUGUUAGCUGUAAUGUGGAAAAAUGAAAAACAGUCGCGUCUUAAAGCAUAGUUCAAUAACACUGAAAUAAUUUCUUGCUGAACAUUUGGAAAAGUAAAAAUUUUUUUAAAAUUAUGGUGAUUUCAGUGUCUUUAACCGUUUUCAAAGUAAACCAAACUACAACACCUAAACAGGACUAGCUAGCUAGCUUUUUCGUUAGAUGUUAGCUAAAUGCGGUUUCAGAUUUCAUGAUUAUAUAAGCCAUGCAUUAAAGCUCCCAGCUAUUUGAAAAUUCUGAAACAAACUGAAGACUCUUUAAUAAUUGACUUCCAUGUUAGUGGAACAAGAUUCAUAAGGAAUGUUUCUGCCUUAAAUCUGUGCCAUAGGUACAUCUUGACUGCAAACUCAUUUGAAGCCCUACGCUAUAUUCAUGCAUGCACCUCCCUCAGUAUGUAACUACAUGUGGCGUCAGUGCAGCUCCCAACAACUGUUGCAAAAGCCUGGGAAUGUCUUCUUGCCUAGGCUGUUGUAGACUCUACAUAGAUAUACUACAAAAUAGCACAAGUAAAGUCCUAGAUGAUGUUACACUAAGUACGGCUAAAUGUAAUAUGGUCAUAACCAUAUUGCUCAUGUAGAAUAUGUGAGGGAAAUAAAGUGUGAAAUUUGAAUGCCAUCUUAGGGGGAGUUCUCCAUCAUUUCCUUUUAUGCUCCAAGCAGUUGUGGGAGGUCUUUUUAUAUCAUAAAAAUAAGGGUAGAUUCAAGACUAAUUAUUUUUGAUCGAGGUCUACUACAUUUUUGUGUGUGUGAUAGCUUAAUCAUGUUGGUCCCACACUAACAGGGUGCUGCCACUGAAGCUGACAUAAAACAGUUUUGGACUUCAGUCAUCACAACCCUCCCAGUGACUUGUCUUCUCCUGUUUCGUGUCCAAUAUCAACUCCUCCAAAGCCACCCACGGCUGAGCUGUGGUGUAUGGCUCAUUAUUUAUUUCUUUUGGUUUGUUUACCCCUGUAAUCCAAGCUGUUACAUUGGCAGGCGAAAACACAUGAGCUGAGAUAUUAGUCAUCAGCAUGUCAAUGGGAACGGUGCAACUCCUGAAAUCUCACGCCGUUGGGGGGGGGGUUUCCUCCGAUCUCGUUCCAUGAGCCCAUUUUCUCCUGCUUUUUACAACCCCCUUUGCUAUGAGGGCUGGGUAUAGAGAGAGUUAAAAUUGGGGUACGUCAACAAAUUUUGUCAUUUCGGUAAAAGUCAAAGUCUUUCUGAGGGCGACGUGCAAAUAUACGUAAUUAAUUAAUUUAUUAGUCCUCAAAUUAUAAUUCUGUGAUUGAUUUCAACCAGUGACCCUGAAGUAUGAGAAUCUUUUGAAUGACUGGUAAAACCUGAAAUUUUAAGGUAUCACAUUAAAAUUUGGUUGUAGAAAAGCUUGACGGAUAUGACCAGAGCUCCCUUUCCAUGGCCACUGACUCUGAAGAUACCAAGGCAUUCCCAAAACAGCCAAGAGACAAUAUCUUUAGUUUGUCCUGGGUCUACCCAAGGUCUCUCCUCAGUAGUCUCACCUAAGAAACUUCCAGGAUGCAUAUUAGCCAGAUGCCUGAAACACCUCACUUGGUGUCUUUAUAUGGUGAGAAGAAACAUCUCCACUCUGAGUCCUUACAUUAUCUCUAAGGGUGAGUCCAGACAGUCUUUUGAGUCUUCUUUCUGGUAGUUGUAUCCACCGUUUUAUUCCUUCAGUCACUACUCACAGUUUGUGGCCAAAUAGUUACGGAUCACUACAAACAUUGUCCCAAUCUCUGGUCAGUCUCCCAAUCCAUUUUCCCCCAUUCAUGAGCAAGACCCCAAGACACUUUAACUCCUCUAUUUGAGAAAACAGCCUGUCCCCAUAGCAAAGUGGGCAACCCACCUUCUUCUGGCUCAGAAACAUCGCUUCAGACUUACAGGUGCUAACUAUCAACCCCGCUGCUUAUUAGCUGUGAACCACUUAGUGUGUCUGGAAAGCAAAAAAGUCAGCAUCGUACUCAAACAACCAAGACCCAAUAUCCUCUGCCCUUAGCUGUUCCUACAAAUUCUGUGUAUGAAAGUUCAGAGAAAAAUGACAAAGUUGGAGCAACAAAAAAACAAAACUUAGCAUUAAUGAUAGUCCCAAACCUUACGUUGGGAAACAUUGCCAGCUUUAACCCUAAGGCUUGUUUAAGGGUUAGGGUCACAUCUACCAUUUAGAGCUUUCACCUGUUUGGUGAAAUGCAACCCUAACGGCAACCCUACCACCAAAGUGGUUCACCGAUGAACUGGCGGAUGUUAAGAACACCAUUAAUGACUGAUAAAGUGAAUCAGUAGAUAAAACUGUAAUAAUUACCCCAGUGUGGAAAUUUCUUUAUUUAAAUAAGGAGACUAAAAGCAGAAAUACAGCGUCCCUUUAAGUGUGAACGAUGCGAACGAUAGGUGGGCUCACAUUAUCUUUCUGUGGUGCUAGCCGACUGACAAAACAAAAGACAAAUCAGUCCAUUUGCUGCGAACCGGCGAGUAGAAACAUUAGGUGCGAACGCGCAACAGAAGCAGCAGCAUCAGUGUUCAUAUGGUGCAACACUCUCGAGCUUCAGAGUCAACUGGCUGCUAAUCCCACUUCAUAUGGUGCAAAUACAAAACACACAUGUACUUAUGGUGCAAUAAGGGCAGAUUGUCUCUUUGAAUUCUAUGGUGCAACUUGAGUACUGCCUUCAGUUAUCAGCCAAGGCUGUGCCAAAGGCUCCGUCCAAACGGACAACUGCUCUUCCUGUCCUGCAGAAGCUAUGCAAGUCUCCAACACGGGGGAGAUGUGCUUAGUGUACACACACACACACACACACACACACACACACACACACACACGGUUUUCCUCUGAAGCAGGGAGAGACACACAAUGAAAAGCAGUGUAAUAACAUGGGAUGUAUCCCUACCUCACCGCUUGAACACACACAAACACACUCACACACCAAUGUCCAGUAUUCCCUUACCCCUUUAUAAUUUGGGAACAAUAUUCAUAUGGUGCUAUUGAGUAAAGCUAGAUGGUUUUUGUAUAGUUGUGGUUACGGUGAAGAAUUAGCCAAAUAUGUGUAUCAAACAUUCAGAUCGAUUAAACAGUCUAAUUUCUUCAUGUUGACAGCGUAUGUAAAAAACAGCAACACUUUCCGUCUCUGUGAAACACAUCAAAGCAACAAUGCCUUAUCUGCUCGACUGAAGUGGAGGUGGUUUCUUUUUUCUUUCUUUCUUUCUGUGUGUUUUUUUUAAGAUAUGAGUCAUAGGAGGGUGGUGCUACUUUUCUGGUACACUCUGAUCUGGACAUGCACUGUACAUGAAGAAUAGCGUCAGCACGCAGAAAUCAAAGGAAAACAGCGUCAGCACGAUGUCCUGUAAACCAAACAUGUGCCAUUUAGAGAGCGCAGUCAGGCAUCUCCUGCUCGUUUCACAGAAAAACAAAUAAUCUUGCAUGAGCGAUCUGGAUUUGAGAGUAAAUAUAAAUGGCAAAGUCACAGCUUAUAUGUUUCUGAACAAAGAGCAGCUGGCCCGCUUGUUUUUUUCCCGCAGCAUUGACCGCUGAUUUUUUUUUUUUUUUUUUGAUCCAAUCUACAGCUCUUCGCACCCAGAGCUCCAGCCAAUGAGAAAUCAGGUUUAUUAUAGCCAAAUCAGGUUAGAAGCAACCAAAUAAUACAAUUCUCUGUCUUUAUAUGGAACUACUCAUGAGGAGCGUUCAGACUCAGCGAUAGCCUCAUGAUCAAAGUCCAGGUAUCAUACCUCAGUCUCGGUUGUGUCACCCAGCAGUCAAAAAUCAUCCACACUGGGUCUACGACUGAGCCUGCGCGCUCUGAGUGAAAAGUUUCUUCCUUCAUCGAGAAAACCAGAGCCUUACCCAUGCCCACACUGUAAGAGAAUUUAAAUCCAGUCGGUGUUAUGACACUGUUGUAUGGCUUCACAUCCACAGCUAUGCAAGGUUACGAGCAAGAAGGUUCUGGCCUUAGAUAACCUUUACAGAAAUACCACGUCACUGUUCUCACGCGUUGCUUGUUUUUAUAUAUGUUUUAGGCUUUUUUUUCUCUUAGUGAGGAAGGAAUAAACCAUAAAGUGUUGAUGUGCAGAAUUGCAAAUAUGCGAUGUACCAUUUGUUUACAGAUUUUAAGCUUUUUGCAUUUUUCUUAAAUAAUUUGGUGAUUAUUUUUAUGGACUUUACAUUUUUCUCUAUCAGGAUUGACUUCUGAUGGUUUAAAAUUUGUCGGGAGGGGAAAACUGUACCUUGGGAAUAACUGGGAUGAAUGCCACCUCCUGACUGAGGAAUGUGUAUCUUGCUGUGAAAAUGAAAUGAAAACCAAGGAGUUGUUUUUCCUUUGGAUAAAAUACAUAAAUGUUCCACUAUCAGGGUCUACAAAGCAUAUGAGGCCUGUGGUAAGGCUGUGUGUGUGUGUGUGUGUGUGUGUGUGUCUGAGCACAAGCUACCAUACAGUGUCAUGAAUGCUUCAUAUAUUCUUUUACAUGCUUGGUCUAGAGCUGUGAAAGUAUGGUUUUAUUGAGGCCAGAUGUUAAGUUGUUUCUGAUCUCAGACCAGUUUUUACCAGAUCUGAGUCCAAUGACAAUUCAGAUCCUUUCCUAGAGGAAUCGAAGCGGUUUGGUAGUUUUGGCACAGAAAAUGAAGAAAAAGGAUUUCAGUGGUUUGACUCAGGUUUGGAUACUAUAAGCACAGGGCAGGGUCAAGCUAAACCUUAACUUGGAAGUACCUGUUAGAUGUACCAUGAGUUUUUAUUUUGUUAGGGUCAUGCUUUUCUACCAUGUUCUUCAGCUUGGGGGGAAAAAAAGUAGCUCUAGCGACUUCGAUGUGCAAAAGUAACUUUUAUUUUCUUGUGGGUGGCAUUUUGAUUGUAAAUACCUUUUUCUGGUAAUCCUUCUCAGUUGGAUCUAUGUUCCAUGGGUUUGCUUAGAUGGCUCUUUGAAAUGUACCGAUAGUAAAUGUUCUUUCUAAAUAUCCAGAAUGUAAAACGAGAGAAGAAAAAUUCAGCGUGACUGGAAGCUGUGUUCUCAUAGGAAUCUGUGCCAUUGUGUUGUCUUGAGUAUAAGCACACUGAUAUUAGCUCUGUGGGUGGGAUGAAGUUUUUGGAGGUGAUUUGCCAGACAACUGUGCUCCUUUUUUUUCUUAAAAAAAAGAAUUAUUAAGUAAUAAUUUCUUUCAAAAGAAACCUUCAGAAGAAAUGUUUAUCGAUACAAAAAUAAUUUGUUAUACAUUAUGAUUUUACUCACAGAAACUUCGGAGAGAAAACUUUCAUGUUUAUGAGGAAAAAUUAACAAGACAAAAUUAUGGUAAAUGUAAAAAUAAAAAAAGUUAGCAUAACAUUCUGACAACUAAUUAUUUUUUUUAACCUUAAUCUUGAUUUCUGAGUUCAGUGCUAUCAUUUUAUCAAUUCAGGUUAUCUUUGCUUACAUAUUACUACAAAAAUGUCAAAUUAAAAAAUGUAUUGGGUAAUUAUUUUUGCUUCAGUUAAAAGUUUAACCUACAAGGAAAUGGCUAAUUAGCUAGCUAGCUAGUUCUGGCCAAAACGCUAACGCUACCGAAAAAGUUUUUCGCACAAUUGGUUUUGUUUGGAAUAAUAACUACAAUCAACUAGCUGAGUGCAGUGCAAACACAAAAAAGCCCAAACAUGGGCGUGUAUUACAUUUCAUAUGCGAGUCCUGCUGUCUGGCUAACAUCUCCUAACUUCACUGCAGAAAUUCAAAUCGCUCCCACGUCAGCUCAUGACAGAUACCAUUCAGGGGGUUUCCCUAAUUCACACCAAAUACAAAUGGGAGGGAAACGAGAAGACACAUCAUGUACCUUCAGUUUGUCUGUGUAUUGCGUGUCUACGAUAGUACCUAAGCAUUACGGUUAAGAGUUGAAUGAUAUUUUCGGUGGUUCUAGGCAGCCACCAUUAGGAAAUGUGUUAUUUUUGUUACAAUACCUCCUGGAAAUAAAGUCUAUUUAUCUGUGAAGAGACAAAGAUUUACAAUAAUACAGAUGACUACAUAGAAAUUAUGACAGAUUUUAAAUGAUGUGAAAGAAAUAUAAAUGAAAACAUGUACAGUUCGUUUGGUUUUGAACACAGAACAAAUGUAUAUGCGUCAGUAUUGAGUUUGAUUUUAUAUGUUUAACAUUUUAUUACAUUGUAAUGUGACUGCGAUGGAGAAAAAAAAUAUAAAGGAAUAUAAAUUAAUUUUUCCCAAAGGUGUCUCGCUUGUUCUUCCCAAUGCCAGCUGACAUAUGGAGUUUUAAUCCUCCUCAGAAUCACUACACAAAGAGACGAAUCAGGCUUCCCAACAUUUUGUAUUUUGUCAAAAUCUCCUAACUACACAAAUAUUUUGACAUGUCAGACACAAUUUGCAUAGUACCAAUUUCUUUUACACUUCUAAAAACAGUAACCUUAAACAGCAAUCCUUGAUGGGAUGCAAUACAGAUAGAGCAUUUAAACACAUGGAUAUGACAUCUGCAUUAAAAAAAAAGUCAUACCAGUGGCCUGAAUUUAACUCAGUGCACAACUCGCUCUACUUCCUGAGCCACAGCUGCCCACAUAUGUUCACAUUACAUAAAGCUAUCAGAAAUAACUAUAUGUGCAAUAUGCAGAAGAGGGAACAUCACAUGGCAAACUUUACAAAAGUUAGGGUUUCACAUUCUAAAUGGUUAAAGUAUGCAAGCAGCUCUGCACUAAGUGCAAGUUGUAUGUUUUUAUUCUGUAAUGUGGUUAUACUCAAUAAAUCCCUUGAAAAGUACAGAAAA